AUGGUCCGGAUUCUUCCCAUAAUUUUGAGCGCCCUAUCUUCGAAAUUAGUGGCGAGUACAAUAUUGCAUUCAUCCAUACACUCAGUGCCAUCUGGAGGCGAAAUCAUAUCUGCAGAAGAUCUUAAAGAACUUGAAAUUUCAGGGAAUUCGAUCUGCGUUGAUAAUCGUUGCUAUCCUAAGAUAUUUGAACCAAGACACGAUUGGCAGCCCAUACUGCCAGGUCAAGAACUCCCCGGUGGUUUGGACAUUAGAAUAAACAUGGACACAGGUUUAAAAGAGGCAAAACUAAAUGAUGAGAAGAAUGUCGGUGAUAAUGGUAGCCAUGAGUUAAUUGUAUCUUCAGAAGACAUGAAAGCAUCGCCUGGUGACUAUGAAUUUUCCAGUGAUUUCAAAGAAAUGAGAAACAUCAUAGAUUCUAACCCGACUUUAUCUUCACAGGACAUUGCCAGAUUGGAGGAUAGUUUUGAUAGAAUAAUGGAAUUUGCGCAUGAUUACAAGCACGGCUACAAAAUUAUUACCCAUGAAUUCGCCCUCUUGGCCAACCUUAGUCUCAAUGAAAAUUUGCCGUUAACAUUGAGAGAGCUCAGUACUAGAGUCAUUACCAGCUGCUUGAGAAACAAUCCUCCUGUAGUCGAGUUCAUUAAUGAAAGUUUUCCAAAUUUUAAAAGCAAAAUCAUGGCCGCUCUGUCAAAUUUGAAUGAUUCUAACCACAGAUCCUCUAAUAUCCUAAUAAAAAGAUACUUGUCCAUUUUAAACGAAUUACCUGUCACAUCCGAAGAUCUUCCUAUAUACUCUACGGUUGUUUUACAAAAUGUAUAUGAAAGAAACAACAAGGACAAACAGUUACAAAUAAAAGUCCUGGAGUUGAUCAGCAAAAUUUUGAAGGCCGACAUGUACGAAAAUGACGAUACAAAUCUAAUUUUGUUCAAAAGAAAUGCUGAGAAUUGGUCGUCAAAUCUGCAAGAGUGGGCAAACGAGUUCCAAGAGAUGGUCCAGAACAAAAGUAUAGAUGAACUACAUACAAGAACGUUUUUUGACACCCUUUACAACUUGAAGAAAAUUUUCAAAAGUGACAUCACGAUCAACAAAGGGUUUUUGAAUUGGUUAGCGCAACAAUGUAAAGCCAGGCAAUCUAACUUGGACAAUGGGCUCCAAGAGAGAGAUACUGAACAAGACUCAUUUGAUAAGAAACUUAUCGACAGCAGACACUUGAUCUUUGGCAACCCCAUGGCUCAUAGAAUAAAAAAUUUCAGAGAUGAACUCUGA